AUGACAAGACAACAAUUGAAGAAUUCGGGUAAACUCAUGAAAAAAUCAUGCAUGCCGAAAAAUGAUGUAACUGAAGAUGACGUUGGCCAGAUUGAGCAAGGGAAGUUCUUGGAGAACCGGAACGUGAUGUGUUACAUAGCUUGUAUCUACACGAUGACACAAGUUGUGAAAAACAACAAGCUUAGCUACGAUGCUGUAAUCAAACAAGUCGACGUCAUGUUUCCAAAAGAAAUGAGAGAUGCUGUUAAAGUCGCUGCUACUUAUUGUAAAGAUGUCGGUAAGUACGUCGAUGAGGUAAACUAG